ACUUGAUAACUGCUCCAGGCGCCAACACGCCCUCCUUUAUCGGUGCAUGGUUCUUUCUCUCUGAAAAUUCCUUCGCAAUCUUCCUCAAUUUCGUUAAUUCCAUUGGUUUUAUCUCGCUCUGGAACUAUAUGAACAAUUUCUAGGGUUUUAGCUUAUCCAUACGACCCAUCCAAUUGCCCUAAAAACCCAUUUUAACUUUUUAGGGUUUCGACGAUGGCCAUGGGUGAGUGGCAGUCUCUCUUGCAAUCCAUUUUCAUUGGCCUCAUUUUCUCUUACCUUAUCGCUAAGCUCAUCUCCAUCGUUGUCUCCUUCAAGGACGACAAUCUCACCAUCACACGCACCACCACCAUCACCAGCACAGAACCCGAUGUCAAGCUCAACGACGCCGUUUCCGAUCCCCACCAACGGUUCGGGUUCGAGGACGAGUCGGUGAUGGCCGAGCAAGGUAGCGUGAGGAACGAAAGCGUUGACGGCGGCGACGAUGACUACGACGAAGACGAUUGGGAAGGUGUGGAAAGCACUGAAUUAGACGAGGCUUUCAGUGCCGCCACGGCUUUCGUCGCCGCCGCCGCCGCCGAUCGGCUCUCGCAGAAGGUGUCCAGCGACGUUCAGCUUCAGCUUUACGGGUUGUAUAAGAUCGCCACCGAAGGUCCCUGUAGCACGCCCCAACCUUCACCCCUCAAAAUGACAGCUCGAGCCAAAUGGCAAGCGUGGCAGAAAUUGGGUGCUAUGCCUCCUGAAGAUGCAAUGCAGAAGUACAUUGAUAUUGUGACAGAGCUAUAUCCUACUUGGCUUGAUGGUUCAUCUUUGAGGGGCAAAGGUGGAGAUGGUGGUGGCCCUAAUUCAGAGGCCAAGGGACCAAUGGGACCAGUAUUCAGCACUUUUGUUUAUGAAGAAGAACAUGGCAGUGACUCGAAAAUGGAUGCCAUUCAUGGAUUUGCCAGAGAAGGAGAUAUGGAUAAUCUGCUCAAGUGUAUUGAAAAUGGUGUUUCAGUGAAUUUGAAGGACAGUGAGGGUCGGACACCAUUACACUGGGCUGUGGAUCGUGGUCACCUUAAUGCCACAGAGCUGCUUGUCGGUAGGAAUGCUGACGUAAAUCCCAAGGAUAAUGAUGGACAAACUCCAUUACAUUACGCCGUUAUGUGUGAGAGGGAAGCCAUAGCUGAGUUUUUAGUGAAGCAUAAUGCAGACAGAGAUUCAAAGGAUAAUGAUGGCAGUUCCCCGCUUGACAUCUGUGAGCCAAACUGGCCGUUUAUGCAGCAUGUGGGGGAAGUAAAUUGAUUGUUUUUUUUUUUUUUUAUUUGCUCUGUUGCUGCUUUUGGCUAAUAUAAGCUUACCCAAACCCCUUCAGGAUUUACGUGUCUAUAUAACUCAUUUUUUUUGUCCCUACUCUUGGUAUAUUUACCCUUUUCACCGUAGUCUACGCCUAUGCAUCGCUUAGGUAAUGAUUAAUCAAGUCUAUUCUGUUCCAUUAUUAUUUCCGCUGCUCAACUCGUAAUUUUGCCCCUCAUUGCUUCCUAUUUGAUGAGGAAAGAUAUGCAUGAAAACUAGAAAGAGUAACUAGGAAAGGGAAUCAUUACUGAUUUCCUUCCCCCUUCCCUUUUCCCAAAACCCUCUCUCCCCUUUAUCCUGUUCUAUUGAAAGUGAUAUAGAGUUUAUAGGGUUUGUUGAAGUCCACAACUGGGAUAACAUGGGAAUCAGGAUA